AUGAAAAAUAAAUAAAUUGAUACUGAGGAAAUAGUGAAAUAGGUACUAUCUAAUGUUUCUGAGUCUUUUGAAGAAUUAAAGCAAAAUUUUGAUUGGUAACUUGGAAUUGAUGAAGCUGGCAGAGGACCGGUUUUGGGACCAAUGUUAUAUGCUUCAUGCUAUUGGCCCACUAAAUAUCACAAAUUAAUUUCAGAAACUUGUAAAUUUGUAGACUCUAAGUAAAUUAACGAAGCAGCGCGUGAUAAGCUAUUUGAUGUGUUGACUUAAUUGAAGGGUAAGGUGUUGACAUUUGAAACGCGAGAAUUAACCGCGGAAUAUUUAUCAAAAAAUUAAUUAGCCCACUUAACAAUUAAUUUAAAUGAUAUAUCUCAUAAUACAGCUGCAGAACUCAUUUAAAGCGCAAUUUAAAAAGGUUAUAAAAUAACAGAAAUUUUCGUUGACACAGUUGGACCGAAGCAAACAUACAAAAACUUCUUAUAAGGAAAACUUCAAGAAAUAGGAAAAGAGGCAAAUAUUGUGGUUGAAGAGAAGGCUGACUCAAAAUAUGCAAAUGUAAGUGCAGCCUCAAUCUGCGCUAAAGUUACAAGGGAUUAUCGAAUAACAUUAAUACAAUAAGAGAUUUUACCUAAUGAUUCUAUUGGAUCUGGGUAUCCUGGUGAUCCAAAAACCAAAAAAUAUUUGGAAAAUACAAACAUACCAUUUUUUGUAUAUCCAAAAUAUGUCAGAUUUUCAUGGUAAACCAUAAAAACCAUAAUCAAUGAUCGAGAUUUGAAUAUUGAUUAUAAAGACGAGCAAGAAGCAGCAAAAUAAGUAUAGAAAUUACCGGACUACUUUAAUGUAAAAGCAACCAAGUAUAGUUAUAGAUCUUUAUUAUUUUCCAAUUGCAUACUUUGA